AUGGAAACAAAGAAUCAUACUAAUCUUAAAGAAUUCAUUCUUUGGGGACUAACAGAUGACCCUAAACUUCAGAUCAUAUUCUUUGCUACUGGACUAUUGAUCUACAUUGUCACUUUAACAGGGAAUUUGAUCAUAAUUAUUUUGAUAAAGAUUGAUCAGCGUCUCCAUAUUCCUAUGUACUUCUUACUGAGCAAUUUGUCCUGUACAGAGAUCUGUUACAUCACCACUACCAUGCCAAAGUUGUUGUGGGACCUCCUCUCAGAGACCAAGUCCAUUUCCUUUACUGGUUGCUUUCUCCAAAUGUACUUCUUUCUAACUACUGCUGCCACAGAAGGUGCCCUCCUUUCUGCCAUGGCAUUUGAUCGUUAUGCAGCCAUCUGCCAGCCAUUGCGCUACACUUUACUCAUGAGUCAGCCACUCUGCCAGUGUCUGGUGGCAUGUUCAUGGGCCAUUGGAAAUCUUAAUGCCAUUACCAAUACUACUUUUGUUUUCUCCCUGCACUUUUGUAGUUCCAAUAAAAUAAUGCAUUUCUUUUGUGACAUUCCACCUCUUCUACAUUUAUCCUGUUCUGAUAUUUCCCUUGUUGAGAUGGUGACAUUUAUUAUCUCAGGAAGCAUUAUGAUAACCACUGUUUCCUUCAUUGUCCUCUCAUACUUCUUUAUAAUCUCUGCAGUGCAAAAAAUCCAUACAAUCCAAGGCAAAAUCAAAACAUUCUCCACUUGUGCCUCUCAUCUGACUGUAGUUAGCUUGUUCUACAGCACUGCUAUCUUUACUUACAUGCGUCCAUCCUCUAGUCGCUCAAUAGAACAAGACUGUUUAAUCUCUCUGAUGUAUACAGUAGUCACUCCUUUGCUGAAUCCUCUGAUCUACAGCUUCAAAAAUAAGGAAAUGCAAGCAGCAUUUUUGAAUGUGCUUGGAAAGAAGAAAAUUUUCAACUCUAAAAGUUCUUGCAGCAAUCAAAGAAAUUGA